AUGAGCAUCCUACUGAUCCUUCUUCGUGUCUUCUAUCUAGCGAUCUCGGCCACGUUUGGAUGGCUAGCAUACAAUAUCCUGUUUCACCCACUUCGAAAAUACCCGGGGCCGCUCCUAUGGCGAGCAUCACCUAUACCCCGCAUCCUCUCCAGAUGGAGAGGUUCUACGGUAUUUGAUGCGCACCGCCUCCACGAGCAAUAUGGUCCAGUUGUGCGGUUGAGCCCUUGGGAACUGAGCUACACAUCCAGUGAUGCAUGGAAAGAUAUCCAUGGCACAGGUAACUCCACUCCUCGAAAGCCGCUGCCAAAGAACCCUCUCGCCAACCCUCCGCCGAUGUCAGGCGAACCAGGCCUAAUCGAUGUUUUGGAUGAUGAAAAGCAUCGCCAGCAACGCCAACUCUUCAACCAAGGAUUUUCUACCAGAGCACUGAAGGAACAAGAGCCUCUCCUGUGUAAGCAUGUCGACAGAUUGGUAGCGGCUGUGCAGUCGCGAGCUGACCAAGGGAGCGAAGUAAACAUGGUGGACAUGUUUAAUUUCUUGGCCUUCGACGUUAUGGGCGACUUGGCUUUUGGUACAUCUCUUGGCCUACUCGAAAACACGGAGUACAACACUUGGGUUCGGGUGAUUGUUGCGACUAUCAAAGUCGUCACUAUCCGUAUCGUGGUCUUCUACCAUAUCCCGUUCGCAUCAAAAAUACUGCCCCUGUUGGUCCCAAAAUCCAUGAAGGCAAAGCGAGAUGCGCAUAUGAAGUUCGCCGAAGAUAGAGUCAGAGAGAGAUUGGAAAGGAAGACUGAUCGUCCCUGA